CGUAUCGCCUCUCUAAAGGGUCCUCUUUCAGGGUUUUGGCUCAUCCCUCCUCCUAGGGUUUUGUCUCACCAAGCCUCUCUCUCUCUCUCUCUCUCUCUCUCUCUCUCCAUCAUGAAUCUCUCUCGAGCCAUCACUAGAGUGCUUUCCUCCCACUGCCGCAGGUCCAACAAAUGGCUAUCGCUCCGCCAGUUUCCGUUCGCCGCCUUCCAACUCGCCUAUCUCUCUGCUGACUCCGUCGCGCCGGCGAAGCGCACCUAUCGAAGAACCGCCAAACCUAAGCCAGAGGCUGACCCUCUGAGACCCGUCGCUACGUCCCCUGCUUUCGCCUCCCGGGAGGAGGAAUCGUUGGACCCGCGGUGCCCGAGCGAGAUACCUUUCCAAUCCAAGGUCGCCAACCAGGUUCAUCUUAUCGGCACCGUGGGCGUGCCGGUUGAGCUGCAGGCGUUGCCCAAUGGCGCAUACACUGCGGUGUCGAUUCUUGCCUCCGAGAAGACCAAGGGGUUCCAUCAGUUCUGGAUCCCAGUAAAAUUUCAAGGUGAUUUGGCGCAGGUUGCUGCUUGUCACUUGAAGGUAAAUGAUGUGAUCUAUGUGACUGGACAAUUAAGUGGAGAUGCACCACCUCAUGCAAUUGAAGAUGCCCAUACUAAACUCCAGGUGCUAGCUCAUAGCUUAAAUUUUGUCCAAAGCAAGUAUUCAGAUAAGGCUGAUGACAACAUAAAUGAGAAAGAUGAACCAUCUUUGGAUUUGGGAAAACGACACUGGGAUGGGCAUCAAAGACAACAUAUGGCCAUUGUUUUCAAUAACCAUAAAAGUGUCAAGAAAAUGGAGAAGUCUGCUGAAAACCUAUGGGAUGAUCUUGUUCUCAAUCCACACAAUUGGUUGGAUAAUCGGCUGGCUAAGAAGAAAGGAUCGUUGCACCCCAACUUCCCAGAUUUUAAGCACAAUGAGACUCAGAAAGCAUUAUGGCUUAAUGAUGCGCCAAGUUGGGUGUCAGCAAAACUGGAUGGUUUAGUGUUUAGAACUACCAGGAUGGGUGAAAAAUCAGACGGAGAAUUGCCCGCUCAACAAAAAGAAAAUUCAUGGAAGAGCCUUGUGGAUAAUCCAAAUGAUUGGUGGGACAACCGGGCAAACAAGUUCAAUCAGAAAUCUCCUGAUUUUAAACACAAGAAAACUGGUGAAGCCUUGUGGCUAAGUUCUACUACACCUCAGUGGGUUCUGACGAGCUUGCCUCCAGUGAACACAGAAAAAAAAUUUGAAAGGAGAAUGGCAUCUUCAUCACCGGCUACUAUACUUUCUUAAUCUUCGCAGGUUAAAAUAUCAUCCUAUGUUGUGGCUCACCAUUUCUGAUAAUUCCUUGGAUAUCAUGGACACGAGACUGAGAGGAUUCACUUUGGAGUGGUCUAUCGAUAUCACUCAGAUGCCACAAGGCUUUUUUUUAGUUGUAUCAUUUACAGUGUUUGCUGAUAAAACUACUAUGAUAAAAUUUAUUUCUGAGUUUAUAAAACUGCUGGAUCAUUGCAUGAUUAAACAAUGU